UUCACUCCUUACUGUUUGUUCAAUGAAAACCAGUUUUGCAGCUGGCCUAUUGUUCUGAAACAAAGUGUGCAUGCCAAUAAACUCAACAAGACUGUCACCUGCUUGUCGGGUCAGCCUCCAAGUGUAUAUAAAGAUGCUGCAGGUGGAUGUGAGUCGCAGAGAACCUUGAGAAACAGGUGAGUUUGGAGCAUCAUGGCUUCCACACUGGUGCUUCUGCUUCAGCUGCUCUUGGUCUCACUCUCAUCCGCAUCAUCUUACUUUGGGGGAACCGUGACCUACACCUACAAAGGAAGAAACCCCGAUGGAACAUUUAGAGUUGACCUUCGCAACAGGGCAACCUUUGAUGACUGUCAAAACUCUCUCGACUGGUUUUGUUACACCGGCAACUGUGGCUAUAAUACCAAAAGUGAGAGAGGCGUAGUUGACUGGAGCAACAAUGCACCACAAUAUAACAACCAAUGGUGUGAAACUGAAACAGUCAGUACAAGAAGUAUCCCAAGUGACAACCCUUUUCAAAUAAACGCUGCAAGCUGUUGUUGGAUCCCAACGCAAAACUGGGUUCGUAAUUUGAGACUUAUGACUUAUGUGGAUUUGGGAACAAGAUCUGACACUGGAAAACCAAACCAAUCACCAGAAGUUGCCAUUCUCCCUUUGCUACGAGUUCCUCAGAACUGCCCACGGACAUACAAGCUGAUGUCCUUUGAUCCUGAUGGUGACAAAGUUCAAUGCAGAUAUGGAAAUAUCAUAGGUACUGAGUGCAGCUCGUGCAACCAACCUUCAGGCUUCGCCUUGGAUCAGGGCUCUUGCACAUUACACUACCGAUACUCUUAUGCCGACGCCAGAGCGUAUGGAUUUGAGUUGGUGGUGGAGGACUUCCCACAAGGGCGCAUCUCUCUGGCCUACACUGAUGGAUCCAGAUCCUCCAGGGAUCCACUGAGAAAGAGACAAGCCAGAUCCCCAAGGAGAAGGAGAGAAGCUACAAGCACAGCACCAACCACAACUGCACCACCAACCACAACCCCAUGGUGGUGGGAUAGGAUAACUACAACCCCAGUACCAACUACAACCGCAGAACUGAUCCUUGAGCCAUGGCGGUGGUUUUUUUCAACAACAACCCAAACCACUGAAGAAACUACUACAACCCCAGUAACAACCACAAACCCAUGGGGGCAGUGGACAACCCAAACCACUGAAGAAACUACUACAACCCCAGUAACAACCACAAACCCAUGGGGGCAGUGGACAACCCAAACCACUGAAGAAACUACUACAACCCCAGUAACAACCACAAACCCAUGGGGGCAGUGGACAACCCAAACCACUGAAGAAACUACUACAACCCCAGUAACAACCACAAACCCAUGGGGGCAGUGGACAACCCAAGCCACUGAAGAAACUACUACAACCCCAGUAACAACCACAAACCCAUGGGGGCAGUGGACAACCCAAACCACUGAAGAAACUACUACAACCCCAGUAACAACCACAAACCCAUGGGGGCAGUGGACAACCCAAGCCACUGAAGAAACUACUACAACCCCAGUAACAACCACAAACCCAUGGGGGCAGUGGACAACCCAAACCACUGAAGAAACUACAAUCGCCACGCCAUACACUAGCAGCAGGACACACCUGCACUCCACCACUCCUCCUCUCAGUAAACUACCAUUGCAAUUCUCUGUACUUGUGGACCCACCUGCUCCUUCAUGUCAGGAGGGACUCUUCUUGCCAAAGUUUGUGAACCCAACACCUGAAAAUGGAGCACACAUCCAAGCAGAGGUCAACAAAGAGGUGGAGAUCAGAGUCAAAGCACAAGCUGCAUAUGCAACAAUACGUGAUAUCAUCAUCAGUGGGCCACUGAAUAUCCAAAAGCACAGGACCACACAUGAUGAGUUUGUCAUUAGGUGGACGCCAACUCCAGAUGACCUGGGAGCUCAUUACCCCAUCUGCUUUGCUGUUGAGUCAGUGACAGGGGCUGACAUCUAUCAGUCUGAGAUGAGGUGUGUUCUGGUGGACAUUGUGGCGACGCUAGUUGUAGCCAAUGUGAUCUGCAGUCAGUCCACAAUGACAGUAGAGGUUGAGAAAUCUUCAUUCUCUGGACUCAAUGAGGAUCAUUUGCGGCUCAGUGACCCCACCAACACCGUCUGCAGCCUCCGCACACACUCCAACAGCACUCACAUCAUCGCUGUCAUCCCCCUCAAUGCUUGCGGCACUCAGAUCGAGGAAGAUGAUGACAACCUCAUUUUUAAGAAUGAAAUCACCGCGGUCGACAACACAGAAGACCUGAUCACCAGGAAACACCUGCUGGAAGUUCAGUUCUACUGCCAGUACCCCAAACGGGGGAACGUGACACUUGGCUACACAGCACACAGGAAAAGUAUCACAGUGUGGGAGAAAGGCUUUGGUACUUUCACUUACCAGUUUGAGUUCUUUCCUGAUAACCAAUUCCAAACCAUGAUUGAUCCAAAUUCAUACCCUCUGGAGUACGACGUAGGGAGCAGGAUCUACAUGCAGAUAGAUGCCACUUCUUCAGCCAACAACACCGAGCUGUUUGUGGAGUCCUGCAGCGCUGCACCAUAUGACAACCCAAACUACCGGCCAACCUACUCCAUCAUUGAAAAUGGGUGUAAAGUGGACUCAUCUGUUGAAAUCCAUUCCUCCACCAACAAGAGACAAUUCCAGUUCAGCAUGGAGGCCUUCAGGUUCAUCGGCUUGCAUGACCAGGUUUACAUCAGCUGUUCAGUCCUGAUGUGUGAAGCAGGGGACCCCCACACCAGGUGCUCGAAGGGAUGCAUCAACUCCACAUCUCGAGUUGGUCACCACCAUAACCACGGAAAGAGAGAGGCGGUCACCCAGAGUUUAAGGCACUUUGUUUCCCAGGGUCCCCUGCGCUUAACGAGAUCAGCAGAGAGCACCGGAAGCCCAGUGAUUAGCCUGGAUCUGAACCUGGUCUUCAUUGCUGGUUGUCUUCUUGCAGCUGUUGCCAUGAUCUGUGCAUUGGCCAUGUUCAAAGCCAAAAUGUCAAGGGCCAAAUACCAGCCUUUGCCUACGUUUGUAAAUUAAGACAGCAGCAUGUGCAGAAUAGGAAACCAGACAGAAAGAUUAAUAUUAAACAACAAUGAGGAUGAUCAACUUGUACUGCAGCUGCUGGUUCGCUUGUGCUGGUUACCAUUGUGGGAUCCCAUGUAGCUUUACAACUGCUUCUACUAUUAAGUAUUACAGUUUGAUGUAUGGUAAAACAAGUAUCUUGAUUGACCUGUGUAGUCCUAUCCUAUCAUGAUCAUUCCUCAUUCAAAUGCUACAAUUACACAUCAAAAGUUCUAUGGCUGGUCAGUUAUGAAACAGUUGCUUAACUUUGCUUUGUUUACUUACAUUCAAUUCCUUUCUUUUUUGAAAACUUUCCUGUUGCUGAAGCUCAUCAUGUUUCAUAACCUGUGUAGCAACCACCAGAGUGAUCAUGACUGCAAUGAUCCAUUAUGUAACAGAAGGUUGUAAACUAUAAAAGUAUACAACAAAACUGUCAAA